GUGCUCUCCAGCGUGAACACGCGCGGUCUGGACGGGCCUCUCCAUGGCUUGGGCGUCGGUUCCCGGCUGAGCCAUUUUCUUUGCGGCUGACGGCCCCCGCCCAGAGGCAGAGUCGUCGCGGCGGCGGCGGGGAUCGCAGGUCGUUCAGGCUUGCAGAUGGGUCAAGGACUCUGGAGAGUGGCCAGAAACCAGCAUCUCCAACAGGAAGCCUACAGUGAGCCAGGCUACCUCAGCAGAGAGCAGAGCAGGAGAGUGACUUCAAGCAACAUUUCUCACUCCAGCCACCGGAAACAAGCCCAGGGAGGCAUUGAUCUGUAUCACCUUCUGAAAGCAAGGAAGUCUAAAGAGCAGGAAGGGUUCAUUAACUUGGAAAUGCUGCCUCCUGAGCUUAGCUUCACCAUCUUGUCCUACCUAAAUGCAACUGACCUCUGCUUAGCGUCAUGUGUUUGGCAAGACCUUGCUAAUGAUGAACUUCUCUGGCAAGGGUUGUGUAAAUCCACUUGGGGUCACUGUUCUAUAUACAAUAAGAACCCACCUUUAGGAUUUUCUUUUAGAAAACUGUAUAUGCAGCUAGAUGAAGGAAGCCUCACUUUUAAUGCCAACCCAGAGGAGGGAGUGAGCUACUUUAUGUCCAAGGGUAUCCUAGAUGAUUCGCCAAAGGAGAUAGCAAAAUUUAUCUUCUGUACAAGAACACUAAAUUGGAAAAAACUGAGAAUCUACCUUGAUGAAAGGAGAGAUGUCUUGGAUGACCUUGUAACCUUGCAUAAUUUUAGGAAUCAGUUCUUGCCAAAUGCAUUGAGAGAAUUUUUUCGUCACAUUCAUGCUCCGGAAGAACGUGGGGAGUACCUUGAAACUCUCAUAACAAAGUUCUCACAUAGGUUCUGUGCUUGUAAUCCUGACCUAAUGCGAGAACUUGGCCUUAGUCCUGAUGCUGUCUAUGUCCUGUGCUACUCUUUGAUUCUACUUUCCAUUGACCUCACUAGUCCUCAUGUGAAGAAUAAAAUGUCAAAAAGAGAAUUUAUUCGAAAUACCCGCCGCGCUGCUCAGAACAUUAGUGAAGAUUUUGUAGGACACCUUUAUGACAACAUCUACCUUAUUGGCCACGUGGCUGCAUAAAAGCACAACUGUUGGGACUUCAACUUUUUACUCCAGACUAAAGCUAUCCACAAAAGGACUUAGCAGAAAUGGGGUUGCAUCAAUGCUGGUCUCUCCAGCCUCUGUAUACAGUCAAGCUUGAGUACACAGCCUCUUUUGGUUUCACUGUUUUUUAGUUUAGAAAUUUCAGAACUAACUAACUAAUUUUGAUGAACUUUUCUUAAUUUUGCUCAUCAUGUUUGCACAAAACAGCCACUGUAUAACACAGCUAUAGAGAAUGUUAAACUGACAUAUACUCUAAGAUGGAGUGUUUGUGCAUUAGAUUUGUCUGAAAACUAUCCAUUUCCAUCCUUUAAAAAAAUACCAUGUAAUGUAUGCAUAUUUAACUAAAGAGAUUUAUAAUCAUAAUUAUUUUAUUGUAAAGAUUUUAACUAAAGGUUUUCCUUUUCUCUUGAACCGAGUUUGGAAAUUUAUUUGACUCUGAUCUAAGUGUAUUGUUGGCUUUGUCAAAGUUGGAUCUGGCCCCAGAAACCAAUACCAGCUUCCCAUUUCUUUGAACUUUGAAAAGAGUGUUGAUUUGUUACUAUUUUAAUAUACUAUGCAAAACUGGCCUUAUUUGUAUAACAUAUAUCAUUUGAUUCAUUUUUAAAACUUCUGGGUUAAUAAAGUUUCGAUACAUCCUUCAAACGUUUAGAAUAUUAAAAGUGUCAGAAUUUAAAAGUCACUCUUCAUUAGAACUUGGGGAAGGUUUUACUUCCUUGUUUCUGAAAUACUUGGUCUUAACUAUUUUCCUACUCUCGAUCUAUCUUCAAAGUUAAUUAAUAAAGGGUAUUAUGCUGUGAAUCACA